GGCACUUGAUUGGUUAACUUGUGGGUGCGCUUUACCGCCAUUUUGAAAAUUUAAAACGUACAAUGUCGGACACAGAAGACAGAGAGAAUUCUCCCGUUUCCAAAGAGGAAGAAGAUAAUGAUGUACAGAAAAUGGAAUCGGACAGUGAUGAAGAUGCAAAUCAUGAGAACUCAGAUGAUGUAGAACCAUCUGCCACAAAACUGGAAUCCUCGACUGCUGCUAUAAACGAAUCCACAACUAAAAGUCCAAGCCCGAAGAAAAAGAAACAGGCGGCCAAAAAAGAAGUUGAAGAUGAGGUGGAGGAGGAGAAUGAGGAUGAAAGUGAUGGAGAACCAAAACUUGGACUUCUAGAGCGGCCGGUUGUAAUAGAAUCUGGAAAGAGACAGAAAAAGAAGGUGGAGCGCCUAGAUAUAUCUGGCAAUGCAACACCCAAAGAAAAGAAGCAGAUUGAGUUUGAUGGUGCUGGUUUGAAACUGGGGGACUGUCCUAGAAUUGAGUUGCAGAUCCAGAAGAAUAAAGCUGAUGAUUUGAAAGUAUUGCAUAGAUUUUUGUUCGGAUUACGUGGUGCUACCAAUGCUGUAAAGAAGAAUCUCAGAAACUUCAAUGGGUUUAACUUUGAAAAGGAUGACAAAGAGUAUGAGAAAAAGGCUGCUUCACUCAUCAAAUAUACAAUGGCAAUGUUAAAACAGUUGUGUGGAAUACUGGACCUGGAAAGGCAGGGGUCUAAAGAGCAAGUUAUAGAAAGAUUAAUGACUUUUUGUGUGGAACCAAAAGAUUCUGGGAAAAAGGUUCCUAAACCUAAACGGAAAAGAGGAGCUGCAGCAAAGAAAGAAAAGGGUGUGAAACGAAAACGAGCGUCAAAAAAAGAGAUGGAAGAAAGGAGAAAGAAUGCAAAAAAAGCACAGGAAGAUGAUGAUGAUGAUGAAGAGGAGGAGGAGGAAGAAAAUGACGAGGAUGAGAGUGUUGAGGAAAGUAAUGAGGAAGUAGAAGAAAAGGAAUCUGAAAAAUCAGAGAGUUCUGAGGAGGAAUCUGCAGAGGAGGAGGAGGAGGAGGCUCCCAAAAAGAAAAAGCGAAAAAUAGAAACUCCAAAGAAAACGUCUCCAAAAGAAAAAAAAGCCAAAAAACCUGCUGCUAAGAAAGAAACAAAAAAGCCGAAGGUUACACCUAAAAAAGUUGCAGCUCCAGUAGUGUCUGACUCCGACUCGGAGGACAGUGAGGAUUCUGAUGAUGAACCACUUCAAAAGAAGGCAAAACCAGCACCCCCAACAAAUGAUGAUUUAAAGACACUGGUGAAGAAAAUACUAGACAAAGCUAACCUUGAAGAAGUCACUAUGAAAUCAGUAAUUAAAGAGGUUUAUGGGAAAUAUCCUGCAUUUGACCUGACGGAUAGAAAAGAUUACAUAAAGAAGACAGUGAAACAGUUAAUAACGUGAUGUAUCAAUUGAGAAGAGCUCACCAUUGACAAUACACCAAGAAAGUUCUUCAUCCACGACGUUGUUGGAGCUACGGCCCCGGGAUAGGAUACAGGAAUUCAGAAGAUAUCUAGCUUGUUCCUCUGAGGAUUGCACUUCAGUCUUCAAGCAUCUCCUAGGCCAUGUCUCUCUUCUUCAUCCCCACCUCAGAGGAACUCGCUACGAUGUCGACAUGUCGGUAUAAACAAGCUGUAUUUAGGAGCAACUUCUAGGUAAAACUAAUCGGAGUUUAGUGACACUGAGAAGUUUGGGGCCGUUAUCGGAUUUAAUUCAUGUCAAUCACGUCGUCAUAGAAAUGAUCCAGGAAAUGUAUAAAACGCAUGGAAUAUCAUUGAUCAUGAACCUGAAUAAAUCUAAGGUGAUCAACUUUAAAAGUGAAAAGAAUUUAAUGUGCGAAUACCAGUAUAUGACUUGUUUUGUGCAGUACAUUUACAUCUAGUUACAAAAAAGUUCAUAAAUAAUUUAACAAAAUUGAUGUAAAACUAAUUUCUAUUUUACCUCAAAAAGUCUGCAGAACAGGGAGGAUUAUAGCUGCUUUUUCUGUACUGAUAUUGUGAACAGUGCAGUAUGGAAUUUCUUCUGUGUUGAUUUUGGAAGAUUGAAUUAAAAUGUAUUUUAAAGUACUUUUGAAAACAAAUAUUUUUAUCCAAAUUAAUAUCAGCUGAUUCAUAUUUUUAUUUCAUUUUUUUUUUUUUUACAAUGUAUUGACUUUUUCAAAGUUUGUCUAAACUAUCUGUAAAUGUGCUUUUAGUAUUACAAAUACAGAUUUAGUACAUUUUCUCUGCGAGAUAAUGGAUUCUGUCAACUUGAUAAAACUGCUAUCUUUCGCACUAGGACAGGUAUCAAACAUGAUGUCCGACGGUAGGAGGAUAUCAAUUUUAGUAUUGACCAAUCAGACGUUCUCUCUAUUCACUGCAUUCAAAGCCACACAUUUUCUAUUUAAAUACAGAUAAAGCAAUGCCAUUUAGAAUAAAUUGUUUUGAUACCUUUUUGCUACCUACACAACAAUAUUUAGCUUACUAUAUGACUGAUAGCACCGUUAACCAAUACAAAGCCGCCUGUAUGAGCAUGAUGUCAUUUAGAAUACGGCAUCCAAUAUUACGCUUCUAUUAAUUCCUGCACUUUUUUUGAUGCUUUAAUAUUUUCAUAGUUGCACUUUAAAAAUAAAAUAAAUAGACCAUUUAUCCAUUUAUUGGAUUUGCCUGUGAAUAGCAUACCGAUAUUUUCACUUGUGCUUAUAGCACAUUUUGAAAUUUAGGUACAGGUAUUCUGCCAUACAGUAUUUAACAGAAAACCAUUCAAUAUCCUCUGUAUGUUUAAUAUCAAUGUUAUAUACAGCCAAACCAGCGAUUUUCCCUUGUAUCAGAUUUGUGUUUGAGGAUGUUAGAGAGCUAACAGAAAUGGCUACUUAUAAUAUAGAAUCGUUCAGUGGAUUUAUUGGCUGUCCAUGUAACUGUUGCACAAGAUAAGUUUGAUGAAUAGAUUGUAAAAGUCAUAAAAAGCAUCUGAUAACAUAACUUUUAAUAAAAUAUUAGUUUAAAUAAAGGGCAAACAAAUAUGCUAUUUGAAUGGAACUACAAUACAAAGCCUGUGAGAGCUUGAAAAUUGAUUUUAUUUUUUUAUUAAAAUGUUAUUUUAAGUGUUAGAAAUUGUGUUGUACAUGUAUGUAAUUGUAAAUACCCAUGAAUAUGUACAUUUUUACAUCAAUACACCGUACCGGUCCGUGUUUUAUGUGCAAGUAAACUGUCAGAAAUAUUUCUGCUAUUUGUAGUUCAUUAACUUGUAGAUGUGAAGACCUUUUUAAGGUUAGCUGUAGAAUUAUAUUCCAAUGUACUGUUUUAAAGUCUAUAACUUUCCAUACGAGAGGGUGUUAUAACAGUUGAAUCAUGGGCAGCAAUUGAUGUAGUUGUGUAAGAAAAGUGUGUAGAAUUGUAGUAAAUGUUGAUAAUAAUCAUGAUUAGCAUCGUUAUCAUAAAACUCUCCUUAAGGGCUUGAGUUGAUCGUUCAUGUCUUGUAAUGUUCGAAGAACAGCAUUCAUAACAUUCAACCUCGAAUAAUAUAUUAUUGGCUACAUCAAAUUGUUUCGUCUUCCUUGGGAGAAAAAUGUUUUCGCAGGGAAGUUUCAUGAAUUUGCUCUGUUUUAAAUUCAUGGUAAGAAAUUUUUGUGAGUUUUCAUCAUAGCAUAAAAUGGUUUGAAAUAUUAUGAAUGCAAUUUUAUGAAGUGAAGCUAUUCCAACAGUUCACCAGCAUCCCUGACUAAAUAUACAGAAUGGGUUGUGAAUCCAUCAAUGGUGAUAGGUCAGAAAAUUGUGUUAAUUAUGCAAUAAUUUCCUAAAGUUUGUAAUUGGAUAUAACAUUAAACUGAUAUGUUUCUUGUAUUAUAACUUAUGUGAGUACACCAGUAUUUUUCUUUGAGGGAUAAGCAAAGACAAGAAAUGUGAGGUUCUCAAGUGUAAAGUUUAUUUUUAAGAAAUAUAUCUAUUGAUCAGCAAGCACCAUCAGAAACUGAAUAAUCCAAUUCUAGAGUGUGAUGAUGUUUAUUUUCACUAUAUAUGAAAUGAUGGGCCAAGAAACAAUGACCUUAUGUACUUAUCAUUUGCCAAAGUAAUAUGCUGUGACCCACAUGUUCACUGAUGUGGAGCAGGAUAUAUCUAUUUUGUCCAUAACACCACUAUCAUUCAGAACCAUACAAAUACAUGUAUUACUUGAAACUUUUAAAUGUUUGUCAAAAAUACAAAAUUUUACAUUGCAA